GACGCACCCGACCCGGGCCCAACUUGGCGGAUCCGUCUGAACGCUCCCGAACGGCGUUUGCGAGCGUGGCCACAAGGUGCUGUGGCCCCGCUCGCUGGCAUCGCCAUCGUCUCUCUCUCUCUCUCUCUCUUCCUCGGCUCUGGUUUUCUGCGUCGCCCAGGCCCGUUCUCUUCCGCGUCGUUCAACGCGUGCGUCGUGCGUGCAAGCACCCUCAGCCGCAGAGCGUGGCCACGUCCCAUCCUCCACAAAAACACGCCCCCCCCUACCGCCGUCCCGGAGACCGGGCAGGCGACACGAGGGCUCGCGUGUCAGUACAACUCAGGCCAUGUUGGUGAAUCACAAAGUCCAAGCCUGCCGGAUCCCCGUAUUGCCUCGUCCAGCUGCAGCGUCCCGUGGCGGAAUCCUCCCGCCUUCUGGGCCGUCUUUCCAUCCACAAGCCUUUGAGGCUACACCCCCUUCCACUUGGUCGACGUAUCCAGAAAGGCCAGGGAAGACAACGAGACCAAGUGGCUUGCCGACCCGCUGCAGACAACCUGCAUAUUCCACCGCAAAGCGCUGGCAUUUCGACUCUCCAGAUCACAAGAGCAACCUGGAACAAGGCCAAUCAGCACCACUCAUAAACCUCUACCACGACUUGUUCCACCCAAGUUUUUUCUUCGCGGCACUAUUGUUUCUCGUUGCCCGUCUCAUCCAUCUGCUCGACAGCUUUUGCUCACCGUCUACCCUUUGCACGCCCCGCCAGCUUCUGAAAUGUGAUCAGUCCGCUUCCCGUGCCUUUCGUCACCGAACGAGAGAUUUGGUCCUUUUCUUUAUAUCUACGAUUUUUGCCUAUCCCUGCUUGCGCUCUUUUCCGUGGCAUCUGGCAAACAUCUAGAAGGCCUGCUUCGAAUUUCACAUGCAGCGCCAUGCAAUCUUCACCCAUCACGUCACGUUUCCAUCGUAGCCGUUCCUACUGAUAUCCUUUCUUGCUCAUGACGACAAGCCACAUAUCUUCACCACCAUGACCCCACUGCCGUCACCCGCCUCCGGAGACGACUGCGGGCCGUCGCCGUUCCGGGAUUUGGCUGCUCGCACCGUUCCGGAGCAGUCAAAAUCUCCGGCCAGCGUGGAAGAUCGGGCGAGAGAAACGCUGCACGGUGCUUCGUCACCCACCGAAGAGCCGUCAGAGUGGGACAUUUCGCCUUGGGGUCUGCUGAAUGAGGGUGCGGCCCCGUCAGCCUUACGAGGACAGUUGCUGCAACUGGACUUGGCCCCUAGCAUCGAACAGGGUACCCCUUCAGAGACACCAGAGUCACGGCACCCGAGCUUGAAUCGUGGUCGACAUGGCGAAGAUCCGUACGGGCCUCGUGCUCGACUGUUCUUUGCUGCCCAUCUUUCAUCGACUUCCUCUCUUCUUCUUCCCUCCCAUGCCGAGGAUGCGAUGGACUUGUCGGAAGCGAACCCGCAACCGACAGACACAGACGGGCAUCCCGCCGCGCAGCGCCUAGCGUCGACCGUUGCGUCGUGGGAUGUUGAGCGGCCGUGUCGUCCGAAUCCGAAUUCAAGUCACGACAUGGCAUUGUUCCUUGCCGCGUGGCUGAUGGAGUACCAAGCAGGCAACGUGGACAGUCCGAUAUCAGCAGAGGUUAUGAACGUCAGAGGAGUGCCCAGGCCGCCCGUCGUCUUGAACACAGACGUGGCCGUCGGCAGUUGCGAUGCACAAGGCGUCAAAUGGGCCCGGUUUGGUACUCGUGCCUCUGAGGUUCGACACAUUCGAAGCCGAUAUCACCAACAUCCCCAGAUACGCCAGUUUGCUACUCCUCACGCGGCCCGGAGAAUACCGGCUGCUGCACGCACGUUUCUCUUUUCGCAGACGAACACCAACGCCCGGCCCUGGAUCGAACAUUAUCAAUUACGGAACCUGCUGGCCACGACGUCUCACAACGACAUCCACUAUGUGUCACGCUCCAAAGUCAUGUCCUUUGGCUCUUCGAAUCCGCUCCCCACGUGCGUCAUGGAUCUCAGCCCGUCGUCAGACCCGUUCCAAGCUACGUCCGACUUCCACGUCACGUCUCUUGCCGCAGCCGGCUCUGCCUUGAUCGCAGGCGGCUUCCGGGGCGAGUUCGCGGUACAGAAUCUCCUGUCCGAAUUCGGGACGGAGCCCGUCAUUGGCUUCGUCUCUUACGACCGCCAUGCUAUCACUAAUCACAUUCACUCUUUCAACAGCCGCUCGAAUGGCAAUCCUUUGGCAGCCUUCUGCUCGAACGACAGACACAUCCGGACUCUGGACGUCCUUUCCGGGCGUAUCGUUUCCAGCGUGCCGUAUGACGACGUUGUCAACUGCUCGGCCACCUCACCCAACGGCCGGCUGCGCGUGCUCGUGGGAGAUUUCGACGGUGCAUUGAUCGCAGACGCCGACCAAGGUCGCAUUCUGGAACAUGCGAGGGGUGGAAGUUCAGGCCACGGCUUUGCGUGUGCCUGGGCGGACAACGACAUUCACGUGGCGACUGCGGGUCAGGACUGCCAGGUCGUGGUGUGGGACGCUCGGAAUUGGUCGCGUCCGCUGGCGGCCAUUGCGACCGAGAACGCUCAUCCGACCUCACUCCAGUUCUCCCCUCUCGGAGGGGGAAGUCCUGUUCUUGUCGUGGCCGAGUCGGCGGACGUAGUGAACGUUGUCGACGCGCGCACAUAUGCAACCAAACAAGUGAUUGAGUUCUUCGGCGACGUCGCGGGCACCGCCAUCUCGGCCGAUGGCUCACAGCUGAUCGUCGCCAACGGCGACAGACACCUCGGAGGCGUGAUGACCUUCUUGCGUCACGACUUCGGCGUAGAAUUCAACGAUCAGGCCGUCGGAGGAUCAUCGAGACGGAGAGUCUCGUCGCAAAGGUCAGACUGGCUGCAAGAGUGCGAGCUCGAGUUCGAUCCUCGCGUGAGACUGGACGCUAAGGCUCGCAGACGGAGAGGCCUACGACUGGACGACAUGCUCUUCUGAGCCUCGCAUCACACGCGCUCGGGUCGCAGGCCCAAAGACCGGCCGAACAUCCCAGCUCCCGUGUCCGUCCUCCACCGUCGACCAAGACCCGAGCGACGUCCACCGUUCGAAAUCUCCGGCAGCUCCACCCCGGACAGCGCUCGUAGUAACCCGUCCCCCCCGGACCUGGCAAACCGCUGUGCCCACUUGGAACAAGGGCAAUAUCUCGACCGCUUUGUAAACCUUCCUCUUGUUGGAUUGCAAAACAAACCUGUCACGACUCUACCGCCCUUUCUCCUCCCUCCUCGCUCCCC